GCACAAGUUUGUUCAAUAUGUCGGAUGUCCUUGACAAACCUCGCAACAUCCAGCAGUAUGAAGAAGGAGCACAGAAGGUCUUGCCUCCAUCAUACUUUCGACAUUAUAACUACCCAGGACCUGCCGGUCAAACAUACACCGACAACAAGGCUGCAUUCAAAAGGUAUAGAUUCCGACCGCAUCUCUUGAAUGACGUUUCCACUCGCCAUUUGUCAACUUCUCUUCUUGGGGAAACGGUGUCGAUUCCCAUUGGCAUAGCACCCACUGCUACACAAAGAUUUGCACAUAAAGAUGCAGAAGUUGGAAUGGCAAAAGGAGCAGAGGCAGUCGGUGGGCUCAUGAUCCGGAGCAGUUAUGCCAACAAAUUUCUGAAGGAGAUUAGGGCAAGUGCCCCAGGAGUUGUCCUGUGGCAAAACGUUUACAUCUGGAAGGACCGUCGUUAUACCAAGGCUCUCAUCAGGAAAGCCGAGGAGGCGGGGUGCAAGGCGUUGGUGAUCACAGUGGAUUCACCCAGUACUGGAGUUGACACAUCGGAUUUCUAUAGAAACUACAUGAUUUAUAAUCACGAAGAAUGCAGACAGUCCGAGAUAGACCUAGACCUUGAAGAACAACAGGAAGCAAAGAAAAGAGGAGACCCUAAUCUAAUAAUGUUCUUUACGGCUCUGAAAGAUCCCAGUAUUACAUGGAAAGACAUUACUUGGGUUAAGUCACUAACCUCACUUCCUAUCGUGUGCAAGGGUAUAUUGACAGCUGAAGCAGCGACUCAAGCCGUUAACGCAGGAGCCGAUGGUAUCAUCGUUUCCAGCCAUGGUGGACGUCAAUUGGACGGGGUACCUGCACCGAUUGAUGCAUUAGCUGAAGUAGUAGAAGCAGUUCGCGGACGUAACGUAGAGGUAUACAUGGACGGAGGGAUACGGAAUGGAACCGAUGUUCUUAAGGCUCUUGCAAGAGGGGCAAAGGCAGUAUUUGUAGGAAGGCCUGCUUUAUGGGGAUUGGCUUGCGGGGCAUAA